CAUAAAAAAGAUUUUUCUGCAGCGGGAAGCGUUGGCGACGGUCACGUGACGCGAUGACGUCAUCACCAGGCGUCGCACAAAGGCAGAAACGGCGGUUAUUGUGCACGUUGAUGUUUUUUUCUUCUGCUUAUGAAUUAGCCUCUUCCUCUUCCUCCUCCUCUUCAUCUUCUUAUUCCUCUUCUUCCGGACCGGUGCACCGAGGGCCGAGAUGUCGGUGACCGAGAUGUUCAGCUCCAUCCAGGGCUCCCUGAGCGCCGACCAGGACAUCAGAGAGGACAUCCGUAAGGUGGUGCAGACGCUGGAGCAGACGGGCAGAGAGAUCCUCACGGUGCUGCAGAGCGUCCACCAGACCGCCGGCUUCAAAGAGAUUCCCAGCAAGUGUGAACGAGCGCGGGAGUUGUUCUGCACGGUCAGGACUCAGAUCGCUGAGCUGAAGACCAAGUUCCCCACGGAGCAGUACUACAGGUUCCAUGAACAUUGGCGCUUCGUCCUGCAGCGCCUGGCGUUCCUCGCCACCUUCGUGGUCUACCUGGAGACCGAGACCCUGGUGGUCCGGGAGGAAGUGGCCAAGAUCCUCGGCAUCGAGGUGGUGAGGGAGAAAGGCUUCCACCUGGACGUAGAGGACUACCUGGCCGGCGUGCUCAUCAUGGCCAGUGAACUGGUCAGAAUUGAACUGCUCUACAAAAAAGCCUCUCAGACCCCUAAGCUCCGCCUACUUAGAUUUUCCGCCAUUUUGGAUUUUGUAAAAAACAGUUUUUUUCAAACUUCUCCUAAACGCUUAGUCCGAAUCAUACACAACUUUUUGUGGUUCAUUAUUGGUUCAAUGCCAUCAGAAAUCAUGUUUGAAAGAUUGUUGAUAUGUCAUUGUUUUUAGAAGAUAUGGACCAAUGAACAUCCAAGGGGUGUGGCCUAAUAUGUAAAGACACCUAACUUCCAAAUCACUUGGACUAUCCUCACCAAAUUUAUAGCCUAUGUCCACAAAGACACCUUUAACCUACCUAGAUUGUUUCAUAAUAUUUGAACAUUAGGGGGCGCUACAAUCAAUCCCUCAAAUUAUGCCUUUUUCAUGUUUUUAGGGGUUGUAAAACCGUUAACUCCUCCUAGUGCUUAAACCCAAUUCAUUCCAAACUUGGGCAGUAGGGUCUUGAGACCUUUGUCUUGAAAAAUCUUUGAAAGAUUUCAAAAAUAUAAAACUGUGCGUUUGCCGGACCGGCAAAGAAACGCCAUUCGCCAUGAAAAUUGACGUUGUUGUAACUCGGCCAUACAUUAUGGAAUCUGCUCCAUAUUUCUCAUACCUCAUGACAUACUGACCCUGAAGACAUCCAUAUGCAAAUUUUUUAUUCUGGUCUUAGCGCCAACUAGUGGCACUAGGAAGUUACAUGUUUUUUACUUUUAUACACUGCUCCUAGCAGAUUAUUCAGAUCCCUCUCAAAAUAUACCAGAAUAGACCUAAGACCUUGAUGAUGCUUCCCUGUGAAGCUCGUAGCGACACGUUGUAAUACGGCGAGGUUCUCCAUCGGCAAACAUUGAUCCUUCGCCGUGAACGAAUAAACCGUUGUAACUCGACUCCACAUCAUCAGAUCCGUACUAAACUCCCCAUGUGUGAUGACACUCCAGGCUUGAAGACAUGUGCAGUCUAAUUUUUUAUUUUAGUGGUAGCGCCACCUACUGGUAACAGGAACAAAAAUCGUUUUUUCUUGGGCUUCCUUCUCUGAGAAGGUAAAUCAGAUCAACACCAAAUUUGUUACACAUGAAGGUUAGACUUUCAUGAUGCCAGAAGACGAAGCAUUUUAUGUUUCGUCUAACACUGUUGCCGUGGCAACCCAUUCUUCGCGUCAAACAACGAAGGGGCUUUGGAGGGACUAAAAAUGCUCGAAACGUAACUAAACUUAGCACACACAUUUAGAGUCAAAUAUGUAGUUAUCUGAUAUGAUUUUAAAGCUUUGAAAUGCCAAUAUGGCUCAAUAGCGCCCCCUAGACUGUAUUCAUGUUCAAAUGGCCCCGGUAUUUGCCCGCAAUGACCGAUUACUUUGUAAUUCAUCAUACAUGUCCGCUUAGACCUGCUCUAAAAAAAAUUACAUUAUGACCAUAAGCUCCGCCCACUGUGAUUUUCCACCAUUUUGAAUUAUGUAAAAAACACAUUCUUUUCAACUCCUCCUAAACGAUAGUUGCGAUUCAUACACGACUUGUUGUGCUUCAUUAUUGUUUCAAUGCAAUCAAAAUUCUUUAAAAGAUUGUUGAUAUCUCAUUGCGUUCAGAGAAUAUGGACCAAUGAACAUCCGAGGGGUGUGGCCUGAUAUUUAAAGACAUCUAACUUCUAAAUUAAUUGGCCAAUCCUCACCAAAUUAUUAGACUAUGUUCACAUGACAAACCUUAAAGUACCCUAUUUUUUUCAUAAUAUUUGAACAUUAGGGGGCGCUAUAAUAAAUCCCUCAAUAUAUGCAUUUUUUGCAUUAUUUUCUUACCUUUUGGGGGGUUGUUAAACAGUUAACUCCUCCUAGAGCUUAAACCCGAUUCAUUCCAAACUAGGCCAGUAUAGUCUUGAGACCUUUGUCUUCAAAAAUCUUUGAACGAUUUUAAAAAUAUUAAAGUUUGUGCGUUCUCCGGACCGGCAAAGAAACGCCAUUCGCCAUUAACAUGUAAGAUGAUGUAACUCGGCCAUACAUUAUCCAAUCUGCUCCAUAUUCCUCGUGUAUCAUCACAUAGUGACCGUGAAGACAUCCAUAUGCUAAUUUAAAAUUCUAGUCAUAGCGCCACCGAUUGGCCAAAGCAAAUCAGCCUAAAAAACAUGUUGCCCUUUUGAGGCCUUUAUCAUAUUCCAAAAGUUGUCACAUUUGAGAUGCAUAUCAGGCCUGGCGAAAAUCCCGAUAUUCUCAAGGUUUCGUAUUUUUGCAUAUAGACAUUUUUCUCUAGCGCCCCCUUGAGGUAGAAAGCGAAUAACUUUUUGCAACAAUGACCGAUUGACUUGAAAUUUGGUAUACAGAUUCACCUGGAUCUGCUCUACAAAAAAGUUCAUGGUGAAAAUCAAAUGCGCCUAACUAGAUUUUCCGCCAUUUUGAAUUUUGUAAAGAAAUAUCUUUUUCGCUUCAUACCAAAACGCUUUGUCCGAUUCAUCCGAAAAUUUCUGGGAUCCAUUAUUGGUUCAAUGUCAUCAUAACUACUGAAGAUCUUGUUGAUAUCUCAUUGCGUUCAGAGAAUAUAGACCAAUGAACAUUUAAAGGGUGUGGCCUGAUAUUUAAAGACACCUAACUUCCUAAUUAAUAGGCCAAUCCUCACCAACUUACUGGACAAUGUUCACAUGACAUCCCUUAAGGUACCCUAAUUUUUUCAUAAUAUUUGAACAUUAGGGGGCGCUGCAAUAAAUUCCUAAAUAUUGGCAUUUUUAGCCUUUUUUUGCCUUUUUUCAUGUUUUGGGCAGUUGUUAAACUGUUAACUCCUCCUAGAGCUUACACCCGAUUCAUUCCAAACUUGGCCAGUAUGGUCUUGAGACCUUUGUCUUAAAAAUGCCUUGAGAGAUUUCAGAAAUAUUAAACUUUGUGCGUUUGCCGGACCGGCAAAUAAACGCCAUUCGCCAUGAAAAUUGACAUUGUUGUAACUCGGCCAUACAUUAUGUAAUCUGCUCCAUAUUUCUCAUACCUCAUGACAUACUGUCCCUGAAGACAUCCAUAUGCUAAUUUUUGAUUCUGGUCGUAGCGCCAACUAGUGGCACUAGGAAGUUACAUGUUUUUUACUUGUAUACACUGCUCCUCGCAGAUUAUUCAGAUCCCUCUCAAAAUAUACCAGAAUAGACCUAAGACCUUGAUGAUGCUUCCCUGUGGAGCUCGUAGCGACACGUUGAAUCACAUUCACAUGUAAUUUACAUGACAAGGUCUAUACUUCACAUGGAUACAUGUGAUGCAUGUAUAUGUUCAAAUUGUCACAGCGCCCCCUGCUGGCAACCCUGGACUCGCUCAAAUCUGCUCCAAACUUCUCAUGCUUCGUAGAAUUCAAGGCCUGAGGAUAUCAACAAGCCUUUUUUCACUCAGUCAAAGCGCCACCGACUAGCAAAGUAAAAUCAGUGUCUCGUGACAAACGGUCAAACGCCCGAACGCCGUGCGUGCGCUCUCGGCCGAGGGGGCCGGCGUCCGGCCAGCACCCCCGACGUGCGAAGCAGGAAGAGGACCCGUUCAUCGCUGCUUGCAGCUUUAAUUAUUAUUAUUAUUAGGGUCCUCGUCGACUUCGUCGUAGAGGAACCUAUUGUUUUUCUAAGAGUUAUUAUUUUUCUCUCCACGGAAACCUCGACUGGCCGCACACCUCAGACCGCAACCAAAUGAAAUUUCACAUGCAUAUCAGAACUCGUGAAAAAUUUAGGAUUUUUUAGUUUUCGUAUUUGUUUAUAAAAAACUGUCUCUCUAGCGCUCCCUUGAGGUAGAAAGCUAAUACUUUUUUUCAACAAUGACCGAUUGACUUGAAAUUUGGUAUACAGGUUCACCUGGACCUGCUCUAGAAAUAAGUUAAUGGUGGCCAUCAAAUGCGCCUACUUAGAUUUUCCGCCAUUUUGAAUUCUGUAAAGAAAUAUUUUUUUCACUUUUUUCCAAAACGCUUUGUCCGAUUCAUCCGAAAAUUUCUGGGGUCCAUUAUUGGUUCAAUGUCGUCAUAACUACUGAAAACCUUGUUGAUAUUGUAUUGCAUUCAGAGAAUAUAGACCAAGGGGUGUGGCCUGAUAUUUGAAGUCACACAACUUCUAUAUUAUUUGGCCUAUCCUCACCAAAUUGCUAUCCUAUGUCCAUAUCGUAUCCCUGAAACUACUUGAUUUUUUUCAGAAUAUUUGAACAUUAGGGGGUGCUGCAAUAAAUCCCUCAAUAUCUGCAUUUUUACCCUUUUUUUUAGCCUUGUUUCAUGUUUUGGGCAGUUGUAAAACUGUUAACUCCUCCUAGAGCUUACACUCGAUCCAUUCCAAACUUGCCCAGUAUGAUCCUGAGACCUUUGCCGUGAAAAAUCUUUGAAAGAUUUAAAAAAUAUUAAACUUUGUGCGGUGGGUCGAACAUCAAAAAACACCAUUCGCCAUAAAAAUCCAAGUUGAUGUAACUCGCCCAUACAUUAUGUAAUCUGCUCCAUAUUUCUCAUAUAUCAUGACAUACUGAGCCUUAACACAUCCAUAUGCUAAUUUUUAACUAUGGUCUUAGCGCCACCUAAUGGCAACAGGAAGUUACAUGUUUUCUACUUUUAUACACUGCUCCUCACAGAUUAUUCAGAUCCCCCUCAAAAUAUAGCAGAAUAGAUGUAAGACCUUGAUAAUGCUUCCCUGUGAAGGUCAUAAUGACACAUUGAAGUGUGGCGAGUCGUAGCAUCAGAAAACUUUGAUCCUUCGCCGUGAACAAAUAAACAAUGUAAUAUGCUCGAAACUUGACUAAACUUGGCACACACAUUUAGAGUCAAAUAUGUAGUUACCUUAUAUGAAUUGAAUGCUUCGGAUUGACAAUAUGGCUCGAUAGCGCCCCUAGAAUGAAUUUUUGUUCAAAAGCCCAAGUUAUUUGCCUCCAAUGACGAAUUGACUCAUAAUUCAGCAUACAUGUCCGGUUGGAUGUGCUCUACAAAAAAUAUUAUUAUGACCAUAAGCUACGGCAACUAAGAUUUUCCGCCAUUUUGAAUUUAGUUUAAACACUUUUUGUUUAACUCCUCCUAAACGCUUGGUCCGAAUCAUACAAAACUUGUUGUGGUUCAUUAUUGGUUCAAUGCCAUCAAAAAUCUUUGAAAGAUUGUUGAUAUGUCAUUGUUUUCAGAAGAUAUGGACCAAUGAACAUCCAAGGGGUGUGGCCUAAUAUGUAAAGACACCUAACUUCCAAAUCACUUUGACUAUCUUCACCAAAUUGGUAGCCCAUGUCCACAAGGACACUCUUAACCUAUCUUAAUUUUUUCAUAAUAUUUGAACAUUAGGGGGCGCUACAAUCAAUCCCUCAAAAUAUGCCUUUUUUGCCUUUUUUUCAUGUUUUUAGGGGUUGUAAAACAUUUAACUCCUCCUAGAGCUUAAACCCGAUUAAUUCCAAACUUGGCCAGUAUGGUCUUGAGACCUUUGUCUUGAAAAAUCUUUGAAAGAUUUAAAAAAUAUUAAACUAUGUGCGUUUGCCGGACCGGCAAAGAAACGCCAUUUGCCAUGAAGAUGGACGUUGUUGUAACUCGGCCAUACAUUAUGUAAUCUGCUCCAUAUUUCUCAUAUGUCAUGACAUACUGACCCUGAAGACAUCCAUAUGCUAAUUUUGUAUUCUGGUCAUAGCGCCAACUAGUGGCACUAGGAAGUUACAUGUUUUUUACUUUUAUACACUGCUCCUCGCAGAUUAUUCAGAUCCCUCUCAAAAUAUACCAGAAUAGACCUCAGACCUUGAUGAUGCUUCCCUGUGGAGCUCGUAGCGACACGUUGUAAUCACAUUCACAUGUAAUUUACAUGACAAGGUCGAGACUUCACAUGGAUACACAUGAUGCAUGUAUAUGUUCAAAUUGUCACAGCGCCCCCUGCUGGCAA